CAUUCGCGAUUUCCGCUAACAUAAACGACGACUUUCUCGGCCGUUUUCUUCAGCGCCUUUCAAUAGUACCUCCGCCGAUACGCAUUGCCUGGCGAUCAAAAGCGCAGCGUUAUCGGAGGAGUAAAAGAACGGUCGAGUACUUGCCAUGGCUACGCGAUAGCUGUUCGGGCUAAUCCAGGCACGCAGAUAAACCAUCCGACCACGGUCUCCGCAUGUAGACACUCGCAGGUGCUUCUCCCGGGACCUUGCAGAGGGGCGGUGCACUUGUAAUUACCUGUUGCCAUGCCUCCAGAGAUUCAUUCGUAUGCUGUGUUUGGAUUCUCCGAAAACCUCGACUGGAGUACCCUGCACUUCGUCAAACCCAUUGAUGACAUCCGAGUGUGCAGUGCUUGCAGAGUCGUGGCUAGAAAGGCUGCCUUUCUACCCUGUCGCCAUGUUCUACGCGAGCCUUGCUACGAGCAGUGGAAGCCAAGGGUGAAAGUGUGCUUCCUCGAUGGCGACCUGUGUCCAGAAAGUGAAGUCCAUUGGAGGGUGUUUCCAGUGGAGAGAAUGAUGAAAUCUGAGGUCAGCUGCUGGAACAGAGCGAACGGGUGCGAGACCAUCACUGAUGUGUCAAGGAUAGCGGAUCACUUUCACCGGGACUGCGAGUACCACACCACAUGCUGCCCAGAGUGUUCGUCGACAGUGCUUAGGCGAGACAUCAUCGCGCACCUUGAAUCACACUGCGUCAAGCACGUUUUGAAUAGAGAGUCCAGUACCCCACCUAGGGAAGGAGUCUUCAAGGAGGUUGAAGACAUUCGGGAAGGACUUCGCUGUUUAGAAUGGACAUUUAGAAACGCAUCCCCGAACACUGCGUGUCUGCUGUCAAGUCCUCCCAGCAUUACUGCAAACGACGAAGCAAAUCUCCAACCCCUUUUGAAGAUGGAAGUUGAAGUCAAGCAGAUAUCACAGAUGAUGGAGCAGGCAUCCAGUGCGAUGGAAGAGAGAAGUCAAACACGCUUGGAUCAGAUAGCAGCUUUGAAGGCCUUCGGUGCAUGUCUCAGCGCUGAGUUGGAUGAAAUGAAAAGGGCUGCAGUUGAGUGGGCGUCUUGCGAAACCACCGCAGCCCAUUGUGUAAGGACGGAGAGGGAGGAACAUGUCGAGAACUUGCAGCUGUUACAGAGGGAUCUACGAAGUGUGUCAAGCAAACUGGAACAACUGAACAGAUACUGAAGCCCUUAUAGCGAAGAGCGUGAUCGUAAAAGACUUGUCAGAGGCCCUAAGAUGCCACGUCUCCAUUGGACGGGUGGAAGUCCCUGGCGGAGGGUUUGCAGUUGGUGCGACCGCACACGUCUUCGAAAAUGUACUGAAACUUCCCAUUGAAGUCGUGUGGUCCGUCAAUAACUGGUCCAAACUCACACACGCGAUUAAAGCGUAUGAGUUCUUGCUGUGCUACACAGAUAUCGCUGUUGACAAUCGAUACAGAAUACGCCUGAGCAUGAAAGUUCAUACCGGAAGAUGGUUCGAAUUUCAGGCACAAGUGUACGAGACAAAUGGCACUACUCUCGCAGCAUCACCUAAGAAGAUGAAGUUGAACUUCCUCAAUGCAAGAGCUUGCUGUGUGGAACGCGAGAUUAACGCCAGUGAUGCUGGGCUAGGAGACCAAAGAUCGUGGGAAUUUUUGUCAGGUGAUUGUGGUGCUGAGGAUCUGGAAGCCAGCGGAAGCAUACGGCAUGACAAGCUAAACUUGGGCUUCACAUUUUUCUAUUAGUCGCUAAACUGCGCAACUCGAGAUGAUGAAGGUAGGGUAUUAGAGAGUGUUGAACGCAAUGAAGCAAUUCUGUGAUAACAGCUUCAAAAUCCUGAUGCCCCUUGUGCUUUGCUGAUUGUGCCAUAGAAUUCGCAACAGAUUUAUUGAAACUGCGGUUCGUUACUAUUCGGUGACAUUGAAUACCGCUGCCUACGUUGAAGCGGCUUGUCUUUUUUGGGAGAAGACCAGCGUGUUUAUUCAUUUGUGCUCCAUUCACUUACUGUUUCUUCCAGGCUACUUUGUUAGCGUUCCUGCGUUUCUCAUAUUUCUUUUUAAUUACGUUCCUUUACCAUCGAGAAGCUGCAGCCAUCAAUACCAGAAACCGGUAUAAGCCUCCCCAUGCGAUUAUUUCCAAUAAAAGAUUUGUGUGC